AUGUCUUCGUAUGCAGUUUCUAAGGUUAAGACUGUUCGUACGCCCUUCGUCAAACCAAAAGAUCCAAUGCCAAAGGCGACUUUCGCUUCUACAGAGACGAGGGACGCACCUACAAUCGAGACCUCCGUGCCUUCUGUUGUGGAUAGGUCGCAAGCACCGGUCGAUACAUCUGAUCUUCGCGUGCCAACCGUGAAGCAACUUAAGGAUAUACUGCGUAGUGUAGUGCUGAAGAUGCGAAAAGCCCACGAGGAAUAUCGUGGGGAGUACGGAGACUUAGUGCUGCACGUCACUAAGCGUAGCCAGGUGGAAUCGAAAGACAUUCCAUUGAAGCUUAAUCGGUCCAUUGGAGAUGUCUGUCCUCCUCCACCAGUCACGCCUAAUAGUUCGUACUUUAUCAAUGCCAGUUCUAUCGAGGAGUUGACUGCGAGACAGCUUAGGGUUUCCUAUGAGUUUGUGGCUCGUCAGUUGUCCGAGAUUCCACCUCGGAUACUUGAAGAGUUUGCUCCAGAGUGCUCCUAUGAUAGUAUUGUUGCAAUCGUCAAUUCGCACCGUCUAAUUAGUUCAUCGCUCGAUAACGCUGUUAAAUUUAUGGAAGAAUGUUUGGUCACCUUUAAAGGGGAUCACUGGUUCAAGGGUAAUUAUGUUUAUUUGGCAGCAUGGAGAGCGGAAUUGUUCCAUUGUCUAACAGCGAUCACGGUUCAUAGAGAGGUUCUUCAGGAGGAAAUUUUUUCGCACUUUUUCGACAACAAUGUGGACCGUGACGAGUUUUGUACUGCGUUAGAGUUGCAGAAAGUCUCCGUGGACACACUUCUACCUCUGCUUCGCCGUACAUCUGCCAUUUGUGCGCACCUCAUGAGAUUGAUCCGCUGGAUCGAGUUUCACCAACAGGCACUCCUUGAAGAUCACCGUGAUGCAGAUCCAGAGGCGGUUAAUCUCAUGACGUGUUACGGGAUGGGGAUUAUGUCGUCUUAUGAGGAAGACUCCGUUCCGGAAUACCUCGAGUGGUGGAGGAAGAAGUAUGACCAGGAGUACAGAUCAAAUAAGAGAUUUCGUCGCCUUACAGUGGAAAGAGUAGAACAGAUUAUUAUCGAAUCUGUUCCAUCUCAAUCCGCUGAGGCAUCAAACGUUGAACCUGGAAGGCCCCAGUUCAAGUCGGGAGGCUUCGGACCUAAAAAUCCUGAACCCUCCUCGGUUCAACGACAACAACAAGGGCCGACGCCUUCAUCUAGACAUUCCGCAUACCAAUCGCCAGCUAUUUCUCGACCCUUCGAUGGCGCUCCUUUCUCUCUGAGUCGGGAGGAUGGACCCCACGGGUCCAGAUCCCCGAGUCGUCGGGGCGGAUCCUCGAGUCGUCGGGGUAGAUCCUCGAGUCGUCGGGGCGAGGAGGCUGGAAAAGGAGACGAGUAG